AUGAUUAUCUGGCCAGCCAAAACCCACAGGAAUAACUGGACAAUAUUUUCCACGCCAGGUUGGCAAUAUGCGUGCUCUAAAUCUGGAUACACUAACUCCUACAUCAGCCUACAGUGGCUCAAGCGAAUAUUUGAUCCGGAGACUAAGGAACGAGCUGACGGUGAACCACGUGUUCUAAUCUGCGACGGCUUCGGCAGCCAUGAGACCCUUGAGGCUCUCGAGUUCUGUCUAGACAACAAAAUUAAUCUGUGCCGGCUCGCUUCCUAUACUUCCCAUAAGACGCAGCCUUGCGACGUCUCUGUGUUCGGCCCGCUCAAAUCAGCGUAUCGCGAAGAAGUCGAGUGACUAGAGAGAGGCGGCGUGAACGCUAUUGGCAAGGAGCACUUCACCAGCUUAUAUAGCCGCGCAAGAUGCAUAGCCGCGCAAGAAGCAGAGCCUUCACACCGAGAAACAUCAGAGCCGGGUUCUCAGCGUGUGGGUUGUUCCCAUUCAAUUCAGAUAGAGUCCUUCAAGGAAUACCGGAACCCCCAGAUGAGUUGACAAUCUUGGUGAGUCAGGGAAUGCCAGGGAGUGCGUCGAAUGCCGGUGAAACCGUACGGUCGCCUCUUACGCUAGUGACGCCAGUGACGCUAGUGACUACGCAGGGGUUGGUAUCGCUGCAAACCAUUAUAAUUAAUCGGGACGCCCACACCCUUGAUGGAAGAAGCAAGCGUAGUCUAGAAAGGCACUUAGACAAACUCUCUAAAGGCGCCCAUUUGGCGUUCUCCCAGGGAAUCCUCCAGCGCGAUCAGAUUAAUUUCCUCAUGAAAUUCAACAACGAAGCCAAGGUUCGACGCUCUGCCAGUAGAGGAGUUCUCGGGAACGCGAAGGUUAUGGGUGAUGACGAACUCGAGGCAGCGCGAGCCAAGCGUGCUGAAAAGGCGGCGAUUGAAGAGGCGAAGAGCAAGGCAAAGCGUGGCCGCAAGAGGAAAGCUUCCUCAGGAGUGGUAGAAGAGGAAGGACAAUAGGAACAGCGAGCGGCAACUACAACCAAGGUAAAACGUGGACGUACACGCAAGAAUAUGACGAGCUCUGGAAAGUUCUAUGGUGGCGAUGGUAGGGCAGAGCGAAGCGCAGGUAGUGGACAUCAGUGGCAGACAAGGGGAGCAUGACCACGCAUUAGGAUGGAGAGCGCCCGUGGCGCCCAUGCUGCAUACCGUAACUUCGUAGACUUACUUUGGCGUUGCCUUAGAC